GUUGGCAAAAAGAUUUUUGGGAAUGAUUUUAUCGAAGAGGAAGAAGAAAGGUUACCAUUUUGACAACGUUCUUUAAAAAUGAUUUUAAGGAUUAAAAGCUCUGAAAAAUUAAAGUGAUGUCAUUCUUAUUGUUAAUUAUUUUGGUAACUGUGUUGCAUUGGGAGCUAUUUUUUUAUAUUUAAAAACAGUGAUAUCAAAGGUAUUAUAUAAAAAGACAACGUACCGUAAUACGUAAAUAAAUAUUAGUUGACACCUAAACUUAAUUAAAAAAAAAUUGUUUCUUUAAAAAAUCUGACUGAGGUCGCACUAAAGUCACUCGAAAAUAGAAUAGACUAUGAAUACUUGUUUAUGAACGAGUUAAAAGUGCGUUAACAUGCGUUGGAUUGUAUUAUUCUUUUCGAGUCUUUGCGUAAUGCUUAGCAACGCACACAGAUAUGUCGUUACCACAUAUACUGGGGAUAGGUUUGGAGCAGGAACAGAUGCUCGAGUAUUUGUAAAAUUCUACGGAACAAAGGGCGUCUCUGAGGAAAAGGAAUUAGAAUCUUCUGGAAGAGACAACUUUGAAAGAGGGCAAUUGGAUACAUUUUUAAUUGAUAUAAAGAAGAAUAUUGGAAGUAUUAAAAAAGCAGCAAUAAGACAUGACAACAGCUGGUUAGGACCCGGUUGGUAUUUGGAGAAGGUGACAGUAACAAGUGAAGAUGGAGACUAUUAUGAAUUUCCUGUGCAUAAGUGGUUAGACAAACACCAAGAUGAUGGCAUGACAAAUAGGGAGUUGAUUCCAAGGCCUACUUCAAAUGUAAAAAAGAAUGACAUUGAAACUAUACAACCAUUAGAUUGUUCUUGGCCUCAAGGAGUAUCAAAUGGUUUAAUUUCUGAUUCUCAGAUUUCAGCCUCCACAUCAUUUAAUGAUUUACAUCUCCCAUAUCAUGCCAGAUUAGGAAAGAUUGUACCUAGCUCAUUGGGAGGCUGGUGUCCAUAUAAAGAUGAUGCUGUCCAAUAUUUGCAAAUUGAUCUUGCUCAAGUAAAAAAAAUUGCUGGAGUGGCCACUCAAGGUAUGGGUUUGGUGGAUGAAUGGACAACAGCUUAUCGUAUGAUGUAUUCUAACAACUCAGAAAGCAAUUUCAAAGAAUACUCUGAGAAUUCAGAAACUGUGAAGAAUUUUAUUGGAAAUGAUGAUCAAAAUGGUACUGUGCUUCAUUGGUUAAAAAAACCAUUUAUAAGUCGGUAUGUACGCAUAUCUCCAUUAAAAUGGCAUGGUAAAGGUUGCUUAAGAGCUGAGCUUUAUGGUUGUCCAGUAGCUGGAUUGCUGACAGAGGAUUCUUCUAAAAGUUCAGACUUAAUUCAACUUCCAGACUCUCAAACCUCAGAUGAAUCAUUUCAGUAUGAGCAACAUAAAUCAGAAGAAGCAAUAAAUAAAGGUGGGAUGGAGUAUCACGAAACUGGUGAUAAACACGGGGGAAUACCAUCUGCUGGUCAUGAGCCUGAUGAUAUGCCUAAAGCAACUGAAACACAGCUGACACAGAGUGAAGCAGAAACACUAGAUGUUAUACCCAUUGUUCAUCUUGACUUUGAUGAGAUUCAUGAUAAUGUUGUUCCUGAUGUCAGUGGUCAUCACAAUGAUGCACAUUUAAACCACCCAAUAGAUAUUGUCAUGUUCAGUAAAUCUUGUGAGAGAGGUUUAAGAAUCAAUGGUGGAGAUUUAUAUUUUGAUGGUGAGUUUUUUAUUAACAAACCUAAGUCAGAAAUAACUAUAGCAGCGUGGAUAAAGUUGUUUAGCAAUGGAGGACAACAUUCUAUAUUUGACACAAUUGGUGGAAAAGAUUCAAUUCAUAAAGAUGGUCAAUUUCAUUUUGAAGUUGAUAGAGGCCGAUUAAGGUGGUUUCAUCGCAAUGAAGCUAAAGAUGUUGUUUUUAAUGUCUCUUCCCCACUUAUGGUUCCUGCACACAUUUGGACGCAUUGCGCUGCUACUUAUUCAAGUUUAACAGGGAAGGCUACAGUGUUUGUAAAUGGAAAGUUUGGUGCUGAGGCAAAUGGUGUUGGUACACUAUCUCAAGAUUGGAGCGGGCAUGCUGGAAUUGGUCGCCAUAAAGGGCUAAGAGUGUUAAAUGGUGAAAUUGAUGAAUUUUAUAUAUUUGCAAAAGCUUUACCCCCCAACAAGAUUGAACUAUUAAUGAAGCGAUGCAGUUUCGAAACAGAUUGCCAAAAAGCAUUAGGGAUGCAGUCUAAAUUGAUAAAAGACUCACAAAUAUCUGCCAGCUCAACUUAUAAUCUCCAUAAACCUUAUUAUGGAAGAGUUAAUCUUGCUUCUUUUUUUGGAGAUCCUGCUCGUACAGCAUGGUGUGCAAAUAAAGAAGAUAAAAAUCCAUACUUAGAAAUUGAACUAUCUGAAAUGACAUCAUUGACUGGAGUUGCUACACAAGGUUUGUCAAUAUUUGAUAACUGGGUAACUUCAUUUUUGUUUUGCUACAGUGAUAACAGAGCUAUAUGGAACUGUUAUAAAGAAAAAGGAUACGAUAAAGUGUUUGAAGCUAACUCAGACAAAAAUACAGUUAAGCAUCAUUAUUUUCACCAUCCAGUUGAUGGAAAAUUUGUUAGAAUACGACCACAAUCAUGGUAUGGUAAUCAUUUAUGCAUGAGAGCUGAAGUUUAUGGGUGUGCUAUGGAUUUGUUACCAGACCCAUAUGACUCAUUCGGUAGCCUUCCGAUUUUUAUGGAAGAUACAGAAGCACAAACCAGGAAUGAAGUUUCACCAAAAGAGUCUUGCAAUAAUCCACUUGGAGUUUCUAAUGGUGAAGUAGAUGAUAUGCAUCUAUCAGCAUCGUCUUCAUUAGAUUUAAUACACUUGCCAUACUAUGGCAGGUUGAUUCGAGAGUCAAUUGAUCAAUCAGAUAUAAAAGGUUGCUGGUGCGCUCAUGAUGUUAAUUUAAGGCAAUAUAUUCAAGCAGAUUUAGGUGAAGUAAAAACAGUUACGGGAAUUGCAACUCAAGGAUAUAUUGCACAUGAUAAUUGGGUAGCUAGUUAUCGGCUUGGUUACAGUGAAAAUGAAAAUUCAUUAGAAUGGUAUAGAGAAAAUGAUGAUGAAAGACUUUUUCUUGGCAAUGUUGAUCGCACAAGUAUUGUUAAGCAUUUUUUGAAGCAUCCCAUACAAGCUCGAUUUGUACGAAUUAAUCCUCGUGCUUGGCAUGGUAUUCAUAUAUGUAUGAGGUUCGAAAUCUUCGGCUGUCAAAAUGAUGAAAACAAUGAAGCCAGCUUAUCUCAUUCUGAAAUUGAUGAUCUAUUUCUUAGAGGAGAUAUACACAAAGAUAAAGAUAGUAAUGAACAAACAGGUGAUUAUAAGCACAAGAUUCCUCCAAAGAAGUCUAAUCGAGUUUUUGAUAAUGAUGGUAUAAGAUUACCUCACACUCCUCUCAAAUUAAAUAAAGUUCAUAAAGCUCCUGAAGAUAAUGCCUUGCAGAGGCAAUUAACUCCAGGGGUAAAUCUUGCAAAAGAAAUUCUCCAUACAAGUUACCCAAAGCCUAAAUUUAAUUUACAUUUUUUUAAAAAUAUGAGUUUUUCUGAACCAAUGAUGCCCUCUCACAAGCUACCAAUAAAAGUUGCAUCGCAUACCAAACCAUCGCACCCUCCACAUAAACCAAGUAAACCAAAUAAUUUCUUAUUUCAUAAACCUACGCAACAAAAAAAUAUUUUUCAGCUUGGUGAUAAUAUUCAACAGUUUUCCAGUCUUAACAAUGAAAUGAAACAACCAUUGUUACAAGAGUUUUCCAAUGAUAAUCAUAUGAAGCAGCCAUUGUUACAAGAAUUUGAAAACAAAAAAAAUAUUGAUGAUAUGAAGAACAAAGAAAAGCUUAUUCAAAAUUUUUUUGAUAACCAUUUGCCAAACUGCAAACGAAACAAUCUUGGUGAUUGUAAACCAGUUACUGAUUAUUACAAAAAUAUUCCAUCAAAUAUAAAUAUUGCUGCUAUGUUUCCUAGAGCUACGAAUUCAUUUGGUCUUCCGCAACAUUUACCAAUGCAUCAUGCUCCCCUUAUAAAUUCUGCUGAAGUUCUUACUAAUUUUCCAGAACUCAGAGAAAAUGGCAUUACUGAAGAAGUUCUUCAAAGUCUUGCAGAGCAUAUACCAGACCUUGAAAAAAGAAUAUAUGCUCACUUCGCCAUGAAGAAUAAUAUGUUACUAAAUCAUGAAAACAAUUUGCUUCAUCAGAACAAUAUGUGGCAACAAAAUGAUCUCGAACAAUCAAACCUUGCAUUUAUGAAAAAUUAUAAAGAUUAUCUAACUUAUAUGAAUCAAGAAACAGGCCCAGAGUCAGAGAUUUCUGCAGGUUUACUUCCAGAUCAACACAGAGUUAAUGAGGCAAUAGUUGAACCAGAGAUGCCUUAUAACAAUCCUUGGAACACUGGAUCAACUCAAUCAUUUGUUGAGCAGACACAAGCUCAACAAAACCUAUUAAAUCAUCAAUUGCAGAAUGAAAAUCAACCAUUAUUUCAAAAUAAUCAUCUUUUUCAAAAUCCACAGCAAUAUUUUUCUAAUAGUAACCAAGAAACAUUUUCUAAACCAUAUGAAUUUGAAAAUCCUUGUACACGGAGUGGAGGAUGUAAUCCAAUUUUUCCAAAUGUUGGUCUCUCUGAACAAUAUGCAUACAAAAACCCAUUAGUUACUCCUCAUUCAUCUAAUGUGUAUCAUGACAAUACUAAAUAUACUCCUGAUGAAUUGCUUCCUUCAGCCCCAGAUCCAAGAUUUGUGGAGUAUUACAAUAAAUAUAUGGAAGGAAAGUCUAUGGAGGAUGAAGAUACUUCUCUUCGGCAUCCUCCACCUGUUGCACAACCAUCAAGUUAUAUAGAACAGUCAACAUCAUUGUCAUUUUCACUCCCAUCUCAGCCAACUUACUUUCCCCCACCUCCUCCUCAUCUUCCUCUACCGCCGCCACCCCCACCUCCACCCCCACCCCCACCUCCACCACCGCCCCCACCACCCUCACCACCAUUGCAGAUUCCAUUUCCUUUAUCAUCAUCUGGUGCAAUGCCUAUUAUUGAAAGUUCUGUUUACCUUGAACAGCUCACCACGCCACCACCAUUGGAUAUUCAGACGGCUUAUGGUUUAAGUCCUUCAGUUUCAGAUGAUUCUUCUAUUAAUGAAGAUGGUGGAGAUUGGACUCCUUAUAGUGUAUGCAGUACAACUUGUGGCAGAGGAGAAAAAAAAAGGUUUAGGCGUUGCUCUGUAGCGGACUGUCCAUCAGGAAGUGUUGAAGUGGAAUCAUCACCUUGUGCUCUUGAUGAGUGUCCUGAAGUGAAUCCCUACAGCUGGUCAUCUUAUACACCAUGUAGUACUACCUGUGGAACAGGUACAAGUGUUCGCUACCGACUUUGCAAUACAAAAAACUGUCCUGAAGAUGGAUACGAGACUGAGUUAAUUAGUUGUUACAAACCUAGUUGUCCUGUUUGUUUACUUGACUUUGAAGUUAUAAUAAAUAGUAUGGUGUUAGAUCAAUCAGGUCACGGAAAUAGUGGGUAUUUGGACAAAAACACUUUAAUCCGCGAGCAUCCUCAAAUUUGUGGCCAUUACGCAGAUCUUUCUAGAAAUGGUCAGAUAAUAAUAUCAGCUCACACUUUCCUUUUUAAGCCUAGAAAUGGAAUAUCCAUAGCUUGUUGGGUUAAUAUCCAAACCGAUAAUAUGAGUGGAAAGCAUUCAAUAUUUAGUACAAUACGAGAAGUGAGCCAACGAAAUUUUUUAGGCGGUUAUCAUUUUGAGUUGGAUGGAGGGGGAGUACGUUGGUUUCAUCGUGAUGAAUAUGGUACUAUAGUAUUCAGUAUUCUCACUGAUCAAGUAACUCUGCCACGGGUUUGGAUGCAUAUAUGUGUUACAUACGAUGCGUACAAAGGGCUUGCCAAGAUAUUUGUGGAUGGCAAAGAGCGAGGCAGCAAAGAAGGAAGAGGUUUGCUUUCUUUAGAUUGGGGUUAUAAAGCAAGUAUAGGGAGCUACGACUUUGAUAAUCGACAACUUAUAGGUUGGGUAGACGAGUUUAUAAUAUACGACUACGCACUUGAAGAAGAACAAGCGUUCAAUUUGCUUGGAAAAAUGCGUUGUCCUACAAGUAAUGCAACCACUGUGGAAAUUGACGCAUUCAAGUUUGAAAAUAUUCACAGUAAAAGAGGUCUCAUGGAUAGUGAUGCUAACAUUGAUAUGUUAUCCAGAAUUAAGUCAUUAAGCAAAAAAAACAAUGCAGGAAAUGAUAAUAAAACUUUGUCAAAAUUAAGUAAAAUUCUUUCAAAUACCACACUUGGUAUUGCUGAUAUUGCGCAUAACAAACUAGCAAAUCAAUCAGACACUGAAAAACUUGGUAUAGUUGAUGUUACGCAAAACAAACUAACAAACCAAUCGAACACUGUUAGAGUUGGUAUAGUUGAUGUUACGCAAAACAAACUAGCAAAUCCAUCAGAAACUGUUACACUUGGUAUUGUUAAUAUUACGCAUAACAAACUAGCAAACCAUUCAGACUCUGUUAGAAAUAAAACUAGGAGGAGCAUCGUCAAAUCAAAUCGUAAAAAUCCACAUCGAUAAAAUUAUUUUUUUCAACCUUAAAUGUUAAAUCGAAUGAAAGGUUAAAAAUUUUUUUUAGCUUCAACAUAUACCUUAUAAAGCAAUCCUCCAAGUCGGUAUUAGUACCGGCGUUGGUCCGACAAAAGAAUUGCAGCCAAGAACACGCUUAAACAAUAGCCAUAAAAAGUCGAAAUGACAUUGACAGUUGAUCGUUUCUCUUACGUGUAUAUAUUUCGAUGUUUUUAUAUUGUAAUUAAAACAAGCUGUUUGUUUUCGUCAAACACAUUACGUGA